AUGAGCAACUGCCGACACUGUUGCAUAGCCAUUCUGGUUUGCGGGCUUGCUCUCACGCCCACUGCCACAACACCACAAAAAAAAGGUUGUUGUACACCUUCAGGAGAGUUUGUCAAUGAUGGAGGUUCCUGGGAAAAAGAUUGCAUCACAUGUACUUGUAAUGGAAACACUGGGAAGAUGAAAUGUGGAUCAUAUCCAUGUGAUGAAAAAGUAGUAUGUGGUAUGAAUGAAACUAAAGUAUUUGGAGAUCCAUCUAAGCAGUCUAGAACAUCUUGUUGUGGAUAUUGUGCACCACUGACUUGCAAACACAAUGGAAAAGAAUAUCAGAUAAAUGAAUCCUUUAGAGAUCCAAUGGACCCAUGUCUGAUCUACACUUGUCUUGCAAGUGGUUUGACUGCAGAGACUACAAAAUGUCCUCCACAAUCAUGCCUACCGGUAAUAUGCACAUUUUAUCAAACCAAUUUACAAACAAAUAAAAAAAGGAAGAACAAAGCAAUUAUUGGGUUUCUUGCAUGUAUGAGAAAAUAG